AUGUCCUACACUCAACUGAGUCGAGAGCUUCAUGGGCUGGUUGAGGCUGGAGAUGAGGUUGGCCUGGCUGUGUUUACUCGCAGGUUCAACGAGCUUCAGCGAUCAGAGAUGCAGAUAGCCUAUCAGGCUUUUCGCGGAGUGGACCUAACGUCCGAGAUAAAUAAGCGCCUUAAGAACAAAGCUCAUGCAGAGCUCCUAUCUUCGCUGUGGAAGGAAAGGACCACAAAUAUCGUGGACACGCUCCAGGUCUUGAUUAAGCGCAAGAAGAAGUGCCCCAGAGUCGUGCUUUCUGUGGUGUUUGGUAGUUCUCAGAACCAAUGGGAGAAGGUGUCGGCAAGCUGGACAGCAAUGUAUAAGAAUGAUCUUUUGACUGCAAUCAAGCAAGCCAUUCAGCCUAGUGAUUUUGUGAAUCAGCUCAUUGAUAAGUGGGCAGCGGGGCCGCGAUCUAACAAUGGACAGCUUCGAGAAGGUGCCUAUGCUUUAAAACAAUCUUUACAUGGAGAGGAACAGCCAGCUUUUGCAAAUAUUGACGAUACAAUGGACUACGACAAACUUUCUACAAUUCUUGCCACCACCUCCUCCACAGAAUGGCCUACCAUAGUUUCCAUUUAUGAAAAGCUCUCAGGUGUUGCAUUCGAUAGCCUCCAUAUAUUAGGUUCAAAGAAGUCCAAGAUGGCAUAUGACACAGAGAUAUUGCACCUCGCAGCCCAGUUUGCUCGCAGCCCGGCAGAAGGCGUGGCUUAUGCAUUGAACUGGGCUGUUACUGACAAGGAUCUUAGCGACAUUUGUUCUUUGACAGCCCUCUUUGUCGACAAGGCUCCUCAGACAAACAUCAGGUACCAGAAGUACGGGGUUCUCCGAGAUGAUCUCAUAGCUGUGCUUACAAGUAAAGUGGCGGCUCCUAUCGUCGAGCUUUGGGCUCCCGAGGCAUGA